AUGGCGCCUCCGAAGUUCAUUCUCAAUGAGCCCAUCCCUAUGCGAGGGGGUCCAAAUGACACGGCGGAGCCACAAGUUAUCGAGAUCCAGCGGUCGACGUCGCAGCCUGCCGAUCCUGAUGCACCUUCCUUCCUCACCACGUUCCCGCCGGAGGUACGAAAUGCGGUGUACGAGAUUCUGUUCAAGAGAGAUCAGCCUAUCCUGGUCAUUGAUCCUGAGAUGCAAGAGGAAUAUCCGGCGUGGCUCGAAGAUGACGAAUACCGCUCUGGGGAUUCCUCCGAGGAUGAAUCGCAAGCAGAGCUUGAAGCCGCUGCAUACAUGGACAAGAAGACCCACGACUUGAACCAUGCAAUUCUACUGCUUAGAGUUUGUCGUCAGAUCUAUCACGAAGCUGUCGGUGUUCUCUACAGUGAUAAUACGUUCUGUGUCACGGUACCUGAACACCGACACAACUGGAUCACGUCUCAGAUAUCAACAGCGUCCGGUUUUCUCCAAUCCAUUGGCUCUCAGUUUUCCUUUAUCACGAAAGUCGUCAUUGACGUUGACCGAUGUUGUCGAGAAACGUGUCAAGAAAGCAGGGAAAUAAACCUCCUACCACUACUGCGUGUGCUGUGGGCAAGACCCGGUAGCACGCCUCAGAUCUGUUUCGACAAUACAGGUCUUAGGAUCCACAGUAUGGUUCAUCAUCACUUAGACAACGGAGGAGCUCCCAAGAUCUGCAUACCGCGGAUGAACAAGAUGUUGCACUCGUUCGCCGUGGCAGACCACAUGGGCAUCCGCCGUUACGGGCGAUUCGAGAGAUCUUUGGAGGGUGUCUACAUUGAGAUCAUCCAUAACCAAGAUUAUCCUCCGCUGGAUGAGAUUAUCUAUCGAUCAAGUGUUAGAUCCUGGGGCCCGAAACGCUUUGCAAUCAGCGUCACCAGAUUCGAGCUUAGCGACAAUGGUACUGUUAGACGGUCUUCCGUUAGAAAGCCAACACUCGAUAAUACUCUUCCAUGUUCUGUGCUGUUCGACAUUUGGCACUAUGUCAUGACCUACGGCACCACGAUUACCUUUGAUCUACACAACAGUACAGUCACUGGCCUCGACCACACCCUCCUGCGGCUCAAUUGGGAUGCUCGUAGGUAUGCUUACAACAAUCUAAGGAAACAUAACCAGAUCGUUUUGGAGAUGGAGACCCUGGAGAAACAAUCGAGCUUCGACAAUUUCAGAAAGCUGCGCGACUGGUUGGGAGGCAUGUACGGAUCAAUAUUGAAACCGUUCUGUCCCCACCUUUCAGGACCAAUUGACUUUUGGCCUGGUCCAACAAUGCUGCUGCGAUUCAAUGUACCCGAUGAGACUUUGGCAGGCUUACGUAUCAACGUCUUGCCUUUGAUUCGUCUGACAUACGAUCUGAACAAGUACACAACUGUAAGGUUCACUGUGGGAGCUUUGGAACCUGCUGGAGGCACGGUGGAAACCUACGAGAUACAACUGCAGAAUUUACGCCGCCGGUGUUUUAUUCUACUAUCCGCCGCAAUGCUCAAAGCGACAGUGGACAGAAUCGCACCAGAUAUUUGGAUCGAUGGAACUGGUGCUGCCAUGGAGGUGUCAUGGCCGAGUUCCAAUUCUGGCCGGGCUAGACGUGGACCAGGGUAUCCUGCCACAGAAAGUGAUCUACAGUCAUUAGGGAGAGACUACGUAGAGAGGGUGACGCAGAAGCACGAAAGGAAGGGAUUCUGGCCUUGGACGCUCAACGGAUCCGUCGCUCAACGUUGCGGCGAGCUUGUUGACCGGAACAGAUUACAUGCGUUGUGGCAUGCUCUGCGAAUCCUUGACUGGGCUGAGAAUGCGUGA